ACCCAAAAAAAGGGUAAAUUAGAAUUUGAAGCAGUGCUGGCAGAAGAAACAAAGAGAUUAUUCGUCACAUCGGCACAUGGGAUGGGGUGAUCUUCAUAUCUCAUCCCGUCUUCUUCGUCUCCCACUUUUGUUUCUCUGUCGCUCGAUGGAGAGAUUGCCUGUCGAAGUCUGUCUCAAGAUUCUUAGUUUGUUAGAUCAUCAAAAUCUUGCAACUGCUCAAUUGGUGUGCAGGAAGUGGAAAAUCUUAGCCUCAGACGACACUUUAUGGUCUAACCUGUUUACGCAAAGAUGGGGAGUAGAUCAUGCCACAUUCUUUGCUCCUGAAGGUUCAAAAUUGUGGAAAGAUGUGUAUGCAGUGCAAGAUCGAGGUGAUCGUGUUGGAUUGGGCCUAAAGAUCAUAAGAGAAGGAGAUGAUUAUUACCUUGUCCACCAAGGCGAGAUUCAACGGCAUUUAGGCUCUAGAAGACCAAAAACUGGGGAAAUCAUUCAUUCUCCUGCAACUGUUGGGGAAGAAGAAUUUUCUAACAUGGUGGAACCAUCUUCAGGUAUUUUAGAUAAGAUCCUAUUCUUCAUUGGGGACUUGGAGUCUGCUUCUGUACAUGCAAAAAGGAGUAGAGUUCUGUGAAUAAUUCUCAGUUGUGUUUGUGUAUAACAUAUGUUGUAAUACAGAAUAUAAGCGCAAGUUGUAAUACGAAAUUUGCUGCCAAUGCAUACCGGAUCAGUUGGUUAGGACGGACUACUUCCUCUAUAAAGGUCAUGUCUUCAAAUUUCAUUGUGGAUAUGAGUAUUGCAUUGGUGGGUAAUUUGUAAGUAUUUAGCAAACAACUUGUGAUUCCAAGAGCUUGCCCUGGCCUAGGAUGGCUACGGCGCCUAAAACCAUCCCAACCUUUUUUUUUUGUUUUUUUUUUAGGCUUACACACUGCACAUAUUUUAUCUGUGAAAGCAUCCUUUUGAUGGGUCAGUUUUCAAUGGAACGCCAGUUGCAUUGUAUCUUAUUGUCCUCGCGGAACUACCGAAAAAGCAAGGUAUUAUUUUAGGCCACUGCUGUUUUUAUACCUUCUUUCAACGGCACUGUUGCAAGUCACAACUGUAUAUAAUGUAUUCUGUUGAUUCUUUCAUGGGCAAUUACACUUGAACAUUAUACAGUGCUUCAGCAAUGGUUUUUGCAAUAAUAUUACUUAUGGCUGGAGAUUUUGUU